AUGGAAUCAGAAACCCUAACUGACAAGGCCGUACCAAACAACGAAGAGAUCAAGACAGACCAGUUCAAGAAGAAUCAGGAACGGUACCGAGACCUGAUCGCCACGUUUCCUCACGCAAAAGGCUGGUUUGAAAAUGUUCCGCUGAUCCGCUACGGUGGUCACUGGAUAACACAUCAUCUCCUUCAAGAUGAUGUUCUUAAUGACAAAGGGAAUACUCUGUUUGCAACUCAUCUCCCACAUGGUUUAUUACCGGAAUCGAUUUCGAAAUCGGGUUGUAAGAUGGUUUACAUCUUGAGAGACCCAAAGGACACCUUUGUCUCCAUGUGGAGUUUCAUUCAAAAGCAAAGGUCAUAUAAAAAUGGCCCUCUCAGUAGUCUUGAGGAGUGUUUUGAUAUGUUCUGUCGAGAUUUUUCUUGGUACGGACCUUAUCUAGACCAUGUCAUGUCGUAUUGGAAAGCUUACCAAGAGAAUCCAGAUCAGGUUCUGUUCCUCAAGUACGAGACGAUGAGUGCUGAUCCUUUGCCGUCUGUGAAGAGAUUGGCUGACUUUAUGGGUUUUGGAUUCACAUAUGAGGAAGAAAAUGAAGGGGUUGUUGAAAAAGUAGUGAAUCUUUGCAGCUUCGAGACGCUGAAGAACCUUGAAGCCAACAGAGGGGAGAGACAAGAAGAAGACGUUCCUACUAGUCCUUAUCCGAAUAGUGCGUAUUUCAGGAAGGGGAAGGUCGGAGAUUGGCAGAACUAUCUGACUCUGGAGAUGGCAGCUCGAAUGGAUGGAUUGAUGGAAGAGAAAUUCAAGGGCACUGGCUUGCUUGAGCAUUGUAUAUGA